GAGCUACAGGCAGCGAAACCUGCCCAGGUUGACAUGAUGUUUAUAGCACCUGAAAUACAACAUGGCAAGGAAUCUGUUCCCAGUACUGCUACUUAUUUGUGUUCCAAAACACAGUCCAGGCAAACACUUGCUUCGCUUCUUGACCUUCUGUCAAAGGGACGUGGUGGGCGAUGGCCAGUAUGAUAUUGAAUUCGACGGUGAUCAGCUCCUCUACGUUGACCCUGUCACCUAUCAGGCAGUUCCACGGCUCCCAGAGUUUGCGGACCAGUGGACCCCUGAUCCUGGACUGGCCGAAGACACAUACGUGUCCCUGGGUACCUGCAAGUACAACAUCCCACGUGCCAUAAAGAGAGAAAAUAGUCCCCCAGAGGUCAUAGUCAGUCCUACCUCCAUGAUCUACCCGAAGCAGGACAUGGAGCUCGGGGUCCCCAACACCCUCAUCUGCUUUGUCAACGACUUCCAUCCGCCUGAGGUCAACAUCACCUGGACCAGGAAUGGGCAGCUGGUGGACCGGAGUGACAUCAGCCGGACUAAGUACUACUCCAACAGCGACUUCAGCUUCCGCACCGCAUCCUACCUGAAAUUCACCCCGCGGGAGAACGACAUCUACUCCUGCAGCGUGGGCCACAUCAGCCUGCAGGCGCCUCUCUCCAGGUUCUGGGAGGCUGAAGAACAAACAGACCGGCAGACUGUGGAGACAUCAGUGUGUGUGUGUGGUGUGAUCCUGGGGUUGAUUGGAGUUGUCACAGGACUCUGGUUCAUCAUGAAAGCCAACAAGUCCCACCGAGUGUAACACGCAUCGAGACCAACACCUGAAUUUCAAUGAUAGAUGUGUGAUUGUCUUUUUGCUUUUUUUUCUCCUUGUGUUUCUUCCUUCAGGAGUGAGAUUCCUCUUGGUCCGUGUCAGACUUUUAUUUGUUUUUAUUACACCAAUAUUUAUAUGUCGUCUGUUAAGUUAAAAAAAACCCAUCAAUUCAAUCAAAUAGUUCGUAAUUUUAGGAAAUACACUUAUUCGCUUUUAUUUCGCUGGACUGAGAUGAGAAGGCUCCACGCUCACUUCUGUAGAGUGAAUAUAAGGCUGCAGCCAGGAGACUGUUAGCUUAGCACAAAGACUGGUAACAGGUGGAAACAGCUAGCCUUGCUCUGUCCAACACACACACACACACACACACACACACACACACACACACACACCGGCACCUCUAACAGCUCACUAAUUAGAAAGAAAUUGUCUGGCACGUAGUCCCCUGUAAAACAGCAAAUUUACAUUUUAACACUUUGGUUUUUGUUUGGAUCAAACAAAUGAGAUUUAACUUGCUAAUUAGUGAGCUUUAGAGACAGAUGGACAGAUAUGACAGUGGCAUCAAUCCUCCCAUCUAGCUCUCUGCCAGAGUGGUUCCCAAAAUGUUGAACUAUUAUUUUAAAAGGCUCCAGACACCAUUUCUAAAUUUGCUUGAAUAAAUGUAUGCAGGAGACUCAAGAAUAUUAACCCAUUACACAUACAGAUUAACACAUAUUAUUUCAUUAUACAUUAGAAAAAUAUAUAUUCUCAUAAAUCAUAAGGUGCAGAGGCUUUACGCAUGUCUGGCGAUAUUGUUGCACAGUAACGGGUUUGUAUCUCCACUGUGUUUCUCAUGUUCACAUAAUGGACAUGUAGGGAAGUUGAAAAUGCCAGUUCCUGUUUGAUGUGAAAGUACAUGCAAAAGACUUGAAAAUAAAAGUGAACAUAUUCCUUA